AUGCGAGGAUCCUCCUCGUCACCCGGAGCCAUUCCUCCUGUAUCCGUUAUCAGUGGAUCACAAUGGUACAACAACGAAUAUCAGCCGUUUCCAAAGUCACCGCCAUCUGACUUCUUCAUCCAAAGCGGACAACCUACUUUUAUCACUCAGCCACAGAUUCAUCACCAUCACCACAAUCUACACCACCACACUCAUACUCACAACGUGGUUGAGAAUCAUCACCACUAUCCCAUUACGACCGUAAGAGUUCCAUCGAGUGGAUGUGGUGUUAAUGUCCUAACAGAAAGCACACCUAACUUCAACGUUUUUCAUGGAAAUGAGAAUAAUCUUGUUUCGGCUGAAAGCACAGGAAAGGUGGAAAUCCAGAAGGAAUGCGUGAAUGAGUCUUUCAAUUCGAACCCGGCCACAUCACUGAAUAAACCUAUCUUAAGUUAUCGUGAUGUUGCUGCUAGAAUCGACCAAAGUAGCGGUGGCGAUAGUAAUUUUGUAGCACAGGGGAAGAAGAUUCAACCGCAGUCCGAUGUGGAAAACAGAUCGUGUUCUUUCAAAUCUCGUGACCUCGCUGGUGCUGAAAACUACAAAACGAAUCGUACUCAUCGUGAUCGUAAGUCCAAAUCCGCUCAAGUUGUCGAGUUCCAAAAAAUUACACGGAAAAAGGUUCCAGUUAAGAAGGAGAAGGUCACAGUGUGUGAUUCUCCUUCUUUACCAUUGAUAGAGAAAACGUCAACGGUAGAUUCUCCCACAAAAUAUGAGGUUCUUCAAAAUUUAACAUCUAAACCUUUGAAGAACACCACUACUAUUGAAAAUGUACUGGUAUCAAACCGUGAGCGAGAACCCAUGAGAGCAGCGAUGGUGCACAGCGAAAGAUCACGAUCCAGCUCCUUUUUUCCAACUCGUCCGAAGCGCGCAAUUGAUGCUGUCGAGAAGAAGAAGCAGACGCAGGGAAACGCUUUGAAUCCGACUCAACAGAGAAGACGCACCAUUCGUAAACGAAGUGAAUUUGGAUGGAUAGAAAGAUCAGUUGUCGUUGUUUCUCGCCUAACUUGUUGGAUCGAAUUCGUGUUCAAGUGGAUUCUGAAUCUCGUUGUCGAUGUAUCUCUCCAGAUUUACGAUGUCACAUCUUUCAGGGUGGUCGUUUCCCAGCAGGCAUACCCUUAUUGGAAUUGUUCAUCUUUAAUGAGACGUACGAUAUUGCUCGUCGAUGAGCACUUCUAUUUGUCUGGCAUAUCUUCUAUUCGACAAUUAGACAUCCGGCACCUUCUUCGUUUACAUGAACCUGAAGCGCUAAUGUGGGGUUUAGAAGAGAACAUAACGUUGCCAACAACAGGAGAGGAAGCACUGCAGCGCUUUCUUUCUUCACCGAAAUGUCAAGACGCAUAUGGUGUUCUUGGGCUCCAGGCGUCGUGCACAGAAGAAGAUGUACGAAGACAUUACAAAAGGCUCAGUGCGCUUUUGAACCCAGAGAAGAACAUGCUUGAAGGAGCGGAAGAAGCGCACGAAAUGAUAACUAAAGCUUACCAUGCUAUUUCCACGCCGGAAGCGCGGAAGGAGUACAAUUUUGCUCGAAUCCGUCCUUGUAGGAAUGAAUUACAUCAUGAGAUUGGAAAGUUGUGGAAUCGCAUUCGUGAACGUGUAGAAGAAGCUCGCAAUUCCAUGUACUGUGACUGUGGUCGUCGUCACUCACGAGUUGCUCUUGACAUUCGUCAAAACGAAGCGCGCUAUUGCCGUCGUUGCAAGACUCGUCAUCCAGCUAGAGCGAACGAUAUUUGGGUUGAAACGCGCCUAUGUGGACUUUUUUGGGUGUACCUAACGUGCUGCGAUGGUAUUGUUUACGACAUUACAGAUUGGGCAACCUGUGAGGUGAAUUACUUGAAGCACGUUCGACCGAAUUCUCACACUGUGCAGUAUCGUCUUGUGUCGCCUGUCCGAUCAACUACCGACGUACCAUCUCACAAGCAUCACAAUGAAAAAUUGAGGGACCUAGCCGAUGUUCCGGAAGAAUUGCGCUUCGACUGGGGUCGUUCCGGACAUGCUCAGAUUUCGUAUUUGCCGUUAGAGCCGAGAGACGAGGAUCGUUCCCGACGUGCGGCAAAUCGUCGCCAGAAGAAAUGGCGUUAA